GGGCCGAGCCCAUUUUCCAUACUCCUUAUCUCCGAUAGGUCUAUUAGAAUCUUACGGAUAUCUUCUAUCAUCGCAAGCGGCGAAGUGAGACUUUCCCCGUCCUCUGCGAUUCUUGCUUUUACAUCGUGCUCGCCCGACUCCGAUCGAUUGUUGGAAAAUGUCGAUUUCAGAACUUGCUUGCAGCUAUGCCGCUUUAAUUCUCCACGAUGAUGGAAUCCCCGUCAUGGCCGAGAAGAUUGCAACCGUUGUGAAGUCUGCUAACGUCAACGUGGAGUCUUACUGGCCUAGCCUAUUCGCCAAGCUCUGUGAGAAGAGGAACAUUGAGGAUCUCAUCAUGAACGUCGGCACUGGUGGCGGCGGUGGAGGUGCUGUUACCGUGGCUGCUCCUGCCGCCAGUGGUGGUGCUGCCGCUUCCGCAGCUCCUGCUGCUGAGGAAAAGGAGGAGCCAAAGGAAGAGAGUGACGGCGAAAUGGGAUUCAGCUUAUUCGAUGAUUAAUUUGCAAGUAUAAAUUUUCUACUACACAAAGAUUGCAUCAAGUGUCAGAAAUUUUCACCAUAGUUUUUCUCAUGUCUCUAUGACCAAAUGUUAUUUUGUUUCGCGUUCCUUUACUUUUUUUUCGUUGGAUGGUAAUUUUCAAUCUGUAGAUUAUUUUGGUGCAAUGGUGUUUUCCUCAUUUUGGUUACUGGCAUUGCAUGCUAAAUUUUUGCAACUCUUUGGUUCCAUGUGUUCUAGAUGUGGUUAUAUUUCAGAUUUACAAAUAAGAAAAAUUCAUUUCACAC